AUGUCUCCGCGAACUCGCUCCGCCGACUCGAAGAAACUCACCGCUCAGGCGAAAGCGACAGGAUCGCGGGCUCGAAAGACCAACAAGGUAACCAAGACGCCAAAUUCGAGCAAGGCGGCUUCCAAAUCAGGCGGCGAGGCCCCGCUGUCCGCGAAGGAGCAGAAGCAACUCGAGCUGUUGCUCCGGAGACAGUCAGUUCAGAAAAAGAGUAAGGAUGAGGAACAUCAGGCGGGUGAGGGUGCGCAAGAGGACGGCUGA